AUGUCUCCUCACAAGUUGGAUGCCCCGAGUAUUAAGAUCGCUAUCGAUCGCGGUGGUACCUUCACCGACUGCCUAGGCAUUGUCGAUGGUCGCGACGAGGAGAUUGUUGUCAAACUCCUGUCACAAGACCCGGCCAACUAUGCAGAUGCCCCAAUCGAGGGAAUCAGGCGUAUUCUUGAGCAGGCAACUGGCAAAGUAUUUCCUCGCGAUCAAAAGCUCACAACUGCCGACUUUUCCAAUGUCAGUAUUCGUAUGGGCACAACGGUCGCCACGAAUGCCUUGCUGGAACGCAAGGGAAUGCGUCACGCACUUUUAAUCACGAAGGGCUUCAAGGAUGCUUUGCAAAUUGGAACCCAGGCCCGACCAAAGCUUUUCGCGCUCAAUAUCCAACGUCCUGAUGUGCUCUACGAAGAUGUUGUCGAGAUUAACGAGCGUGUCACAAUUGAAGAUUAUCAACAAAAUCCCACACCUGACAAGGAAAUCCUUCAAAAGUCCUUGCAAUCAGAUACUUCCUUGAAGAAGGGUGUCAGUGGUGAGGUUGUCCGAGUCCUGGAGCCGCUUGAUGAAGUUGGCACGAAGCAAGCUCUUCAGCAGUUAUAUGAAAAUGGAUAUCGUUCGAUUGCGGUUUGCCUCGUUCAUUCUUAUACAUUCCAAGAUCAUGAACUUGCAAUUGCAAAGCUCGCAAAGGAAAUCGGAUUUACCCAGAUUUCUCUUUCCAGCCAGCUGCUGCCGAUGAUAAAGCUUACCUCGAGGGGCGCUUCGGCUACUGCAGAUGCAUAUCUAACACCAGUCAUUCAACGCUAUAUUCAGGGAUUUCGCUCAGGGUUCAGAGAUGGGCUUGCCUCUACCGAUACUCGAUGCGAGUUCAUGCAAUCAGAUGGAGGUCUUGCUAAUUUUGAGAAAUUCACCGGACUCCGCGCGAUCUUGUCAGGGCCCGCCGGAGGCGUUGUGGGAUAUGCAGGGACUUCUUAUGAUGAGACUGAUAGAACCCCCGUCAUUGGGUUUGAUAUGGGUGGUACCAGUACUGACGUUUCCCGAUAUGAUGGCAAGCUGGAACACACUUUUGAGAACAAUAUCUCCGGCGUGACAGUGAUGGCCCCUCAACUGGACAUUAAUACUGUAGCUGCUGGUGGUGGAAGUAUCCUCUUCUGGAGACAUGGACUGUUUGCUGUUGGUCCCGAGUCUGCAAGUGCUCAUCCAGGACCAGCAUGUUACCGCAAGGGAGGCCCUUUGACGGUGACUGAUGCCAAUCUGUUCCUCGGCCGCCUUCUACCGGCAUACUUCCCCAAGAUAUUCGGCCCGAACGAGAAUGAAGCAUUGGAUGUCGAUAUUACCCGUCAGAAGUUCACGGAGCUCGCAGCUCAGAUCAAUGCUGAGACCAACCAAAACAAGAGUCCGGAAGAAAUCGCACUUGGUUUCAUUCAGGUCGCAAAUGAAUCUAUGGCAAAGCCUAUCCGUGCCCUUACCGAGGCUCGUGGAUAUGACACUUCAGCGCAUAACCUGGCUUGCUUCGGUGGUGCUGGAGGGCAGCAUGCUUGUGCUAUUGCUUCUUCAUUGUCUAUCGGAACUGUCAUUAUUCAUCGGUACUCUUCGAUUCUGUCUGCCUACGGCAUGGCCUUGGCAGAUGUUGUUCACGAGGCCCAAGAGCCUGCAUCUGGAGUGCUGGAUGAUCAGGCAAUGAAAGGUGUUACCGAGCGUAUUGCUACGUUGAAGACCAAGGUAACUGCAGCCUUGGUUACCGACGGUAUUAAUGAGACCCAAAUUCAGCAUGAAGUCUAUCUCAAUCUCCGAUACCAAGGGACGGAUAACUUGCUCAUGGUGCUUAAGCCUGAGCAUGGAGACUUCAUCGCCGAGUUUAGCAAGGAACAUGAACGCGAGUUUUCUUUCACUUUCCCCGGCCGGAGCAUCCUUGUUGAGGAUAUUCGAGUCCGUGGCGUUGGAAAAGCAACUUCAAUUGCGCCAGAGGCACCUCAGCAAGAACUCAAAUCGGUGACGACAAAGCCUAUUGGCUCCGAGAAGCAGGAUGAUUCAUCUUAUGUAUAUUUUGCUGGCGUCGGAGAAAUCACGACGCCGGUUUUUUUCCUGAACAACUUACAACCAGGAAACGUUAUUGAAGGGCCUGCGAUGAUCAUCGACAAUACACAGACAAUCGUCGUUGAGCCAAAUGCUAAAGCCACAAUUCUAUCACGGCAUGUAAUUUUGCAUGUCCAAUCUUCAAAAAAGCAGACUGCCGACGCAACCGUCGUGGAUCCUAUCAGAUUGAGCAUCUUUGGUCACCGGUUCAUGUCUGUGGCAGAUCAGAUGAGCCGUAUGUUCCAAAAGACUUCAGUAUCAACAAACAUCAAGGAGCGGUUAGACUUCUCCUGUGCGGUUUUCUCUCCUGACGGAAAGUUGGUCGCGAAUGCGCCCAACGUGCCGGUACAUCUUGGUAGCAUGGAAUAUGCUGUCCGUUAUCAACAUGAACAAUAUGGAGGCAGUUUGAAGCCAGGUGAUCACAUUCUUACCAACCAUCCUCUUGCCGGCGGCACUCAUCUCCCUGAUAUUACCAUCGUCACUCCCGUCUGGGAUCACGAGGGUAAACAUAUUGUCUUCUAUGUUGCCUCUCGUGGUCAUCACGCUGAAAUUGGUGGUAUAGCCCCGGGGUCAAUGCCCUCAAAUAGCAAGAUGCUGUAUGAGGAAGGUGCCAUGACAAUGGGUUUCAAAGUUGUAUCACAAGGUCGCUUCGAAGAGGAAAUCGUUCGCAAGUUCCUCUAUGAUGGACCUGCCUCAUAUCCUGGCUGCAGUGGCACACGAACAUACAAUGACAACGUCUCGGAUUUGAAGGCUGCUGUCGCAGCAAAUCACAAGGGCGCACAGCUGCUGGAGGCUUUGGUGGCUGAGAAUACUUUAGAAGUGGUUCACUUCUACAUGGAUGCAAUCAAACGCAAUGCGGAGGUCGCUGUCCGUGAACUCCUCAAGUCUAUUGGUCGCAAAAUUCCAGGGAAGCCUCUUCAAUUUUCUGAUUUCAUGGAUGACGGCACUGAAAUCAAAUUGGAAAUCCGUAUCGAUUCCGAGACUGGGUCUGCCGACUUCGAUUUCACGGGAACCGGUCGAGAGACUUUCAACUGCCUCAAUGCACCCAAAGCUAUUGCCCACUCGGCCAUCAUCUACAGUCUUCGGGCACUAAUUGAUGUAGACAUUCCUCUCAACCAGGGCUGUCUUGCUCCAGUCAAUGUGAUCAUUCCCUCAGGUACACUGCUCAACCCAUCUGGUCAUGCUGCCGUCUGCGCUGGGAACCCAAUCACCUCGCAGCGUAUUACAGACGUUGUACUUGGUGCCUUCAAUGCUUGCGCUGCAUCUCAGGGCUGCUGUAAUAUCAUCUCCUUUGGUACGGGAGGUGUCGAUCCCAAGACUGGUAUUGAAGUACCUGGUUUCGGUGUUGGCGAAACUAUCUGUGGUGGAUCAGGUGCUGGGCCAUCCUGGAAUGGCACUUCAGGUGUACAUGUGCACAUGACAAACACGCGAAUCACCGAUGCAGAGGUCUAUGAAUUGCGAUACCCUGUUAUUCUGCGCAGGUUUGAGAUCCGCGAUGGGUCUGGUGGAAAGGGACGUUUCUGCGGUGGAGAUGGUAUUAUCCGCGAGCUGGAGUUCCGUAUGCCUCUUUCGGUUUCUAUGCUCAGUGAGAGACGUGUGUAUCGACCAUAUGGACUGGAGGGAGGUGAAUCAGGCCAGGCAGGUCUGAACCUAUAUAUGAAGAAGGAGCUUGACGGAACGGAGAGAAUGAUCAAUAUCGGUGGUAAGAUGGAGCUUGAAGUACAGCCAGGAGAGCGAAUUCUUAUUCAUACACCUGGAGGUGGUGGCUGGGGAAACAUGUCUGAUGAAGAGACAGUGGCCUGUGCCGGCAACGGGAAUAGAAGCCCACCGAGCUUCCAACCACGAGGGAGUGUACACACAUUCACUGCCACGGCUGAAUCAGCAAUGUGA